AUGGCUGGCGCCGGCAGGAAGAAGCAGGUUCGCUUCGCCCGGCCGGAGGCGGAGGACACGCGGCGGGGCGGUGAGGGGCCGGCGGCGGAGCAGAGUCUCCUCCCGGAGCCCGCGCCGCGGCCUGAGGUGAUCGUAGCCGGCGGCGGCAGGAGCCGGGGCGGGGAGAGAGCGGCGCUGCUGCUGCGAUGGUGCAUCUCCGGGGUGCUGUGCUCCGCCUUCCUGGGCCUGGGUAUGAGCAUUGCUGUCCUGGGACCUACAUUUCAAGAUUUGGCUGCAAAUGUGAAUAAAAAUGUCAGUGAUAUUUACUACAUUUUCGUGGGUCGUUCUCUGGGGUACCUUGGUGGUUCAGUGAUUGGAGGGAUUAUCUUUGACUGCAUGAACCCUCAUCUCCUCUUGGGGUUAACCAUGUUGGGAACAGCAGUUGGUCUUUAUGCCAUACCAUGGUGUAAGAAAGCGCUAUUGUUAACUGCCCUGAUGUCAGUCAUUGGCACUUCCAUGGGUGUUCUAGACACAGGUGGAAAUGUCCUUGCAUUGAAUAUAUGGAGAGCAGAGGUUGGACCACAUAUGCAGGCCUUACACUUCAGUUUUGCACUGGGUGCCUUUGUGGCCCCAAUCCUGACAAAAAUGGCAUUGGGCAGCUUCAUAUCUCCUAAAGUCCAAACAGAAGAUGAAAAUACAAACCAUUCUGUUCCGAGUGAUAUACCUAACACACGGUCUGGAUCAGCAAUGAAACUGCAUUCUAAUGUGAGCUUUAUGUGGUCCUACAUUGUCAUAGGGACCUAUAUUUUGAUAGUUUCUAUGUUGUUUGUUGUUCUGUAUUCAAGGACCGGCUCAGCACGAGAUAAAGCAAAAGCUUCUCCGCAGAAAUGCCAAAUUGCCAAAUACCACUAUGCCCUUCUCAUUCUCCUUUUCCUUUUCUUCUUUUGCUAUGUAGGAGCAGAGGUCACCUAUGGCUCUUACAUUUUCAAUUAUGCAGAGGUUUAUGCAGACAUGAAAGAAAGUGAAGCAGCUGGUUUGAACUCCCUUUUUUGGGGAGCAUUUGCAGCUUGCAGAGGACUGGCAAUCUGUUUUGCUACCUGUUUCUACCCUGGUACUAUGAUUCUGCUGAGUGUCAUAGGUUCCACUGUCUCUUCUCUGUUCCUGGCACUGUUUAGUAAGCAUCCAAUUUCGCUCUGGGUUGGGACAGCAGUGUAUGGUGCUUCAAUGGCUACCAUCUUUCCCAGUGGCGUUUCCUGGAUUGAACAGUACACCACCAUACAAGGAAAGUCUGCUUCUCUCUUUGUAGUUGGUGGUGCCUUGGGGGAGAUGUGCUUUCCAGCAGUGGUUGGGUUUCUUGAAGGAAAACUUCACAAUGUCCCUGUGAUGAUGUAUGCUGCAUUGGGAACAUCUGUAAUGACAGCAGUACUAUUUCCUGUGAUGUAUAAAUUAGCCACUUCUCCCAGUGAGAGUAAGUUAAAAGAUGGUGGUGGGAGCGAGGACCAGAAAGCUUUGUUGUCCAACUUUGAACUUAAUGAAGAUGAGGAAGAUGAAGAGGAUGCAGGAGAAUGGAAUGAAGCAGACUUUGAAGUAAUUGAAAUGAAUGAUACAGUGAGAAACUCUGUGGUAGAGACAUCUCAAAAGAUCCCAGGGGAAUCCCCAGCUAAAGUGUCCAUGCAGCCACCUUCAAACAUAUUUAGUUCUUCUCCAGUGAUUGCUGUUAGCUCCCCAGGGAGAAAGCAAUUCAAUACAGACAGAGAGAAGAAUGAUUAAAGUAAAAUCUAGGCUGCUUACUUGAAAUGACUGCCUGGCUUCUGUAAGGUAAUAAACAAUCAAAUUAGCUGUGAUUCAGAAUUUUAAUAGUGGUACAAAGCCAAGUGUUUCCACCUCUGUGCUUGCCAAAUCCCAGUUUAUGCUUAUUCAUUUUAGUCUGCAAUCAUGCAUCCUGGAGUGAAAAAGAAUGUGUAUGUUGGACAUACUAAAGAGGGAUUCCAUGGUAAUAUGAUCAGGUGUUUGUGUCAUGGAACUAAAAGCAAUUUAGACUAAACGUAUGGGAAACAUCUCUUAAAUGUGAGGCUGUAAACAAUUUCUCAAAGAAAGUGGUGGGCACCCUAAUGUAACUUAAAGUGAGACUGUUCAGAGUAUUUUAACCAUAUUUUUAGAACUAUCCUGCAUUGGCAGGAAUAGACCAGGACACACAGCGAUCUUAAUUGAUCACCCUCAUACAAAUCAGAAAUCAGAGAAGAAUCUUGAACUUCUUGAAUCUAGUGAAGGGGAUAUUUCCAUGGCACUUAAAGUCUGGUAUGUAACAUAAACCAUGACAUUACUGGAAAGUUAAACAACAAGGUGUCGGUUGUGUCCUUGUCCUUUUGGGAAAGUGGAAAAGUUGAUAGCUCAACAGCUUUAGUUAAUGGAUGUAUUGUUGACCUUGACUGGGAAUUUCCUGGUUUUGUCAUUUUUAUGUAAUGUUGUUUAAACAUAGAUUUCUGUGUUUAGUUGAUUUUAAAUCAUGGAAACAUCAAAUGUGUUACACUGGAAUAAAAUAUUUAUUUAGGGAGGUUUUUAAAAAUGUGUAUUAUGUACUCUUUCCAAGGUUGC